GAACAGCCAUUCAUUGCGCUGUCUGGACUUCACGGAGAGAGCGUCUGACCAAUUAGCUGGCUGUCUGGAUGCACCGAAAGGGUGAGUGUCUAUCGAGGCCCAAUCAGCUUCUCAGUGCUGCCUGCCGGUGCCGGGGACUGGUGGUGAGGGGCUGCUGCAACGCGUCAGGACCGGACCGUGAACCCGGAGACGCUACACACUGAGGCGAAAGGAGAUACAGGAUGGAGCAGAUGUCUGAGGAGGCGCUGAGGCUGAACCUACUUAAGCGAGGCCUUGAGUCAACCAGUGAGCGAGAAGAGGCGUUGGCCAAGCGCCUCAAAAUGGAAGGUCACGAGGCCAUGGAGCGCCUGAAGAUGCUGGCACUUCUUAAACGCAAGGACUUAGCUGACCUAGCAGCCCUAGAUGUUGCAGGGAGCUUGGGAGAUGGAAAAGGCCCUGGAGCCAGCAGCCUCCAUCAUCAGAGCCUAAUGGGUGCUGCUUAUGAGGAGAAGUUAAAUGGGAGUCUGAGGCUGGGAAGCCACAGUAGCCCCGUUGGACCAAGUAAGAAUGGAAAGGAGAACAUCCUGGAUGAGCCAGUCGACAUGAGCGCUGGGAGGAGGUGUGAUGCUGAUCAUGACAGACGAACUCCGUCACCGGAUGUCAUCAUCCUGUCAGACAACGAGGCUUCCAGUCCCAGAACGACACCUCGGCCCGAGGAGCGUGUGCACAAGGCUAACCUGGACAUGUUCAAGGGGAAAACAGGAGAGGAGAGGCAGCAGAUGAUCAAAGCUCUAAGAGAAGAGCUUCGUCUGGAGGAGGCUCGUCUCGUGCUGCUGAAGAAGCUCAGGCAGAGUCAAAUGCAGAAGGAGAAUGUGGUCCAGAAGGUCCCAGUGGUCCAGAAUGCUGCGUCAUCUGUGCAGCCUCCUCCCAUCCACAGCUCUCCUGUCCUGGGGAAGCUACCUGUGAGGCCAGGUCUACACAACCCUGAGCCCCAGAACCUCCGCACUGCACAGGGUCACACAGUCAUCCGGUCAGCAGCUAAUGCAAACUUGCCCCCCAUAUUGAUGUCUCAGCGAGUGAUAGCACCCAACCCUGCCCAGCUGCAGGGCCAGAGGGUCGCGUCCAAACCUGGGAUGUCUCGUUCCAGUUCCAACAGCAUGGCUAAUGCUGUCAGCUACCAGCAGGCCAGUCAGGUGGCAGCUUCCCAGCGCUCAGGCUCCAGUGCCAUGUACAUGAACCUGGCCCACAUGCAAGCAGCAGCAGCUGGGGCCGGCGGUCUGGGCGGAGCUUCGGCCGUCAGCCCGUCCACCAUGUCUGGUUCAGCCAGCGGAGCGGUGAGCUCCAUGGCAGACCAGGCGAGCAGUCAGGCAGCAGCCAAGCUGGCCCUAAGGAAGCAGCUGGAGAAAACCUUAUUGGAGAUCCCUCCACCCAAACCCCCAGCCCCUCUCCUGCACUUCCUGCCCUCUGCUGCCAACAGUGAGUUCAUCUACAUGGUGGGCCUCGAGGAGGUGGUGCAGAGUGUGCUCGACAGUCAGGGUAAACUCAGAGGGACGCUGGCCCGUCUGGAGCCUUUCUUCUGCGCCCAGUGCAGAACUGACUUCACCCCCCACUGGAAGCAGGAGAAGAGUGGGAGAAUCCUCUGCGAGCAGUGCAUGACAUCCAAUCAGAAAAAGGCUUUGAAGGCAGAGCAUACCAACAGGCUGAAGAAUGCCUUUGUGAAGGCCUUACAACAGGAGCAGGAGAUUGAACAGAGGCUGCAGCAGCAGGCUGCUCUCUCUCCCAGCUCAGUCCCUACCAACGCCUCCAAGUCUGACACCAUGAUCCGACAUCAUGCCCUCCGCCAGGCUCCCCAGCCUCAGGCCUCCCUGCAGCAAGGGCUGUCGAACUCGGCACGAGGGGUCCUGUCCAACUUUGCCCAGGCCUCCCAGCUCUCUGUGGCCAGCAGCCUCAUGGGCAUGACCAGUGCCAAGCAUUGUGGCGGCAGCGGAGGCGGCAGCAACAGCAGCAGUAACAGACUGCAGCAUGACAACCGUCGGCAGAUCUACAACAUCCCAGGGUUAAACAUUGCCUAUCUGAACCCAGCGGCUGUCGGAGCCCAUAAGAGCUCCAGCUUAGCAGACCGGCAGAGAGAGUACCUGUUGGACAUGAUCCCGCCUCGAUCCAUAUCGCAGUCGAUCACUGGACAGAAAUGAGCCCUGUCCAGCUCUUGCCCCUUGAAGCCACCUUCAUCUUCAUACCUAAACCAUACCGAAGCACUCCUAAAUCAGUCGAUACCCUCUCCUCUUCACCUCUCAUCGCAUGCAGUGCCUGUCCAUGUGCCUACCUUAAACUGACCCAUAAAAACCCCACCAAGUUGGACAAGGACUCUAAACGACCAGUGCAUUUGACAUGCUCUUAAUAUAGUAAAAUCCUUCUUCUUCAGUCUAUUUAAGAAUUAUAAUUCCCCUUAUUAUAACUGGUGGUAGCAUUAUUAUUCCCACAACUACCAUAUUUGCUUCUGUUACUAUUACUCAUUAUGCUUUUUCCUUUUGAUGGUUUGUUUUUCUGCUGUUUAUCUUUGACUCUGGGUAGUGACGGCCUGUCGUUGUCGGUUUCUUUAGGCCAAGGUCAUAUAGGAUUUUUUUUUUCUUUAUAAUUUGUCCUACAGCUUAGCUGUGAUUGUUGCUAGUAACAGAAGAUCAAGAUGAUGCGUUCUGGUUGCUAUGCAACUUACAAGCUUUGUAAAAUAGUCUCGACUUGGAUGAAACAGUGGAAAAUCCCGAUGGGUACAAAAACAGACAGUUUGAGGCUCUGCAUGCUCUUGAAAAGAGGAUGAAGAACCCAUUUUAAAAAUGGAAAAGCUGGAGGGAGGGAAGGAGGGAGCAGCAGAGCACCCACACCUGUACAAUCUCCCUAAAAGGGCCUGCUUCACAGUGACACACAGCCAAAAUUCUGAUAUGCUAAAGUUAAGUUUCAGGACAGCGCCGGAGAUUCUGCCACCAACAGAGUUAAUGAACUGGAAGCGAGCGACAGACGAAAGCAAAAGAAAAUCCUAUGUGAUCGGCGUUCGGAUAAUCUUUCCUUUGCUUCCACCGUCGUUCACGAAAAGCUUCUUAUCAGGUUCUUCAUUUCAGAUUGAAACAGUAACACACUUUUUUAUGCUGGAUGAUACUUAAGUUGUACUAAUCACGAUGGACAGUCACAGCAGUUUACCAUCUGCCUCUUCAGGAGACCAGCAGUCAGUCGAAGCUCCAGCGAGACGGAAGCUGACAGGCCGAGUGUGUCGUCUGUGUACCUGCCAAGUAUUGGGGCUGCUGAUGCUCUUCAUUCAGACAGAAACCUGUUGGUCCCAUCCCAUUUCACUAUUUCCCAGUGACCUACUAAACCACCUCACCCAUACUCCCCACCCCAAACCUUCGGCUGUUCAGUAUGCACAGACUGAACCCUUUCACCCCGCUGUUCCUCGUGGCAUCGCGUGUUCUUUGAGAGAGCGAAAAGACCUCAAAGCUAAAGGUGGAAGCAUAUUUUGUGCGUCCAAACCACAGACUCUGUAACUACAAAUCUGGGUUCUUCUUCUUUUUAUAUUUUGGUUUUUAGAUUAUUUUCUAAAUGUUGUGCAACACCCAUUCCCAAACCCUAACUACUAUUCCCAUCCCUACCUCAUCCCUUUUUGUUUGUUUGUUUAAACUUUAUGCGGCGUCUCCUAAUAAAAUGGUUGCGUACCUGAGAGGUACAGCUGCCGGAGACGAUAAUAAUCAACAUAAAACAGAAACUAUUAAAA